UGUAGGUAGUCUUUGUUAGGCAUACCUACGCUAGGUACGUGCUCUAAACAUGGAAAAUUUGAAUCUCUUAGACCUUCAAAAUGAAGUGGAAUUUUACAGGGAGAAUCAAACAACUGUGGAAAACGAGAUUCGGUCCCUCAUAGCAGACAACCAGAAAUUAUCCCAGCAGGUGGCGAUGCUGCUCAAAGAAAAAAUGCAGUUGUUGCGUGAACCUCAACCGCAAACGCAAGAUUCUAAUCAGGGACAAGAAACCGAGGAGUUGCGAAGACAAGUUGUCCUUCUAACCAAGGAAAGAGACUCUUUGCAUGUCCUCUGGCAGACAUCGCAGAAGACCAUUGACGCUUUAGAAACAGAACUUAAAACUUAUCAACAGUAUAGCAGAACAGGAACACAGAAUUCAAAUGAUGAUAGAAGGGAUAUGGAACUUAAAUUAGAAACAGCACUUACUGAUUACAUCGAAUUAGAAACAAAAUAUAAAGAGUUAAAUCAGAAACUUAAUCAAUUAACUACCGAUAUGAGGAACAAAGAAAAAGAAUUAGUUAAUUAUAUAGCGAAAACAGAAGAACUGCAGAAAGAACUAGCAGAAACAACCAAAACUUUAGAAGAACAGAGGGUUAAUUUGCAAGCAGAGAUAAAGAACAAUGAGAAUUUAAAAAGUCAGCUACUGAUGUGUCAAAAAGAAAGUUCCGAUAGGAUAAAGAAAGAAAUAGAAGCUAAAGCAAAGGUCUCGGAAGCGUUACAACUAUUCGACUUAGUGUCAGCGCAGAAAAACGAAGCUUUUAAGAAAAUAAAAGAUUUAUCAGACGAACUGUUCGCCACAAAACAAAAACUAACAGAAGUUUAUCGUGAGGCAGAAUCUAAAUUCAGGGCGGAAGUGGACGAUAUAAAGGAGAACUAUAAUGAAAAGGUAGCAGAUAUGCUACAGCACAUCAGAAAUCUAGAUUCGGAACUGGUAGAAAAGGGGUUGCUGCUCAAUAAAGUGCUGAGAGAAAAUAAGGUACUAUUAGCGACAAAUGAUAGUUUUAUGAGACAAGAGAAGAAAUGCCGCAAUGCCAUAGAUCCAAAAUUGGCGCUCGCCGAACAACGGAUGGAGGCAAUGUUCCAGGAACUGGUAUCAUCAGAAAGGCGGAAUACACAGUUGGUGUGCGAAAAGCAAUGCCUGGCCAUAGACAUACAAAGAAUCCAAGACAUCCAUGCGAGGGAAACAAAAAGGCGGGAUUGGGAAGAGAACCUGUUGAAAACACAACGGGAUGAACUUAAAAUGCAAGUGGAACACCUCCAAAAAUCAUUGGACGAGACACACGGCAUGAUCACCAAACUGCAAACAAUGUUAUCAUCACGGACAGAGCUGAGCCAAAAGAUGAUGACAACGAAGGAAGAGGAGUUACUUGAACUCAACAAACAUUUACAAAAUCAAAUGGAGCUUAGUAAAAAGUGGAAAGAAUCUUAUGUAGAAAUGACAGAAAAGUUAAAGAAAAGAUUGGAAGAACUGCAGAAAGAAAAUAAUCUGUUUAGAUCAAAACUAAAACUGCCUACCUUGGAAUCAUCAGAGAGUACCAGCUAA